UCGGCUCACUCCCCGCCAUGUUCUCCUAGCGGCCGAUCCCACCGCGACACCAUCUCAGCCCACAAAGCCCGGGCCGACAGCCCACAGCGACCCGAGCCGCUCGUCCCCUACCCGGGCUCGACCCCUCUCCCGUUCACAGCUCUGGGUACCCACGUCCCACCAUGGUUACCAGCACGGCGCCGCCGCCCUUCCUGACCCGGAUCUCGGCGGGCACCGAAGACCCCCGUCGGCUGCCCUCGACGCUCCUGCAGCACCUCAGGCGGGGGGACGACAACUGUGAGAACCAGCCCGGCUGCUGCACAACGGGGCCGGGGGGCGGCGCGCGGCCCGCGCUCAAGAGGGUGAGGAGGAGGAAGGGCAAGAUCCGGCCGUGCCCCGCGGGGCUCCUGCCCAGCCGCUACCAGCAGUUCCAGCAGCACCGCGCCGGGCUGGCCAGGAGGACGGCGCUGGGCGCUCCCGUCGCCUCGGAUAUCUCCACCGCUCCCGGCUUCGUGCCGACCCCCGCCGAGGAGUCCCUCGCACCCACCCCCUCCAGACCCGCCCUCAGGAAGGAGUUCUUGAAGAACAAGAUGGGAAAGACUGAGAAGGCUGCCACUCCCCACGGCCAGCCCGUUCACGGUUUACAUCUGUGUGAACAGCCAAAGAUGAACAGGCAGAAGGGUAAAUGUAACACGCCAAUGACAAAGAUUGCCUCGGCGAAAAAGAUUGAGAACUUUUGGCAAGAUUCGGUCCCGCCGGAAAACGUUCAGAAGCAGGAGAAAAAGCCACUUAAAAACACAGAGAACUUCAGAAAUGCCAAGUCCAAGAAACCCGUCACCCUCACAGAUGCGAACCAAAAAGAAAACUAUGCCGGGGCAAAAUUCAGUGACCCGCCAUCCCCUAGUGUCCUUCCAAAGCCCCCCAGCCACUGGGUGGGGGGCACAGCUGAGCUGUCUGACCAAAACAGGGAGUUGAUGGCUGUCCAUCUGAAAACUCUCCUCAAAGUUCAGGUGUAGUUUCCGAGCUCUUCUGAAUAUGAAGCAAAACUCCAUCCGAGGAAACUUACACAUGCCUUGUUGCAAACAAACAAACAAAAAAAAAACUAAAAAAAAAAAUUAAAAAAAAAAAAACAACCCACAAACGAAAGACUGUCAAGUCUUAUACUCGCAUACAGAAUUCCUUGUAUUAUAUUUUUUAUGGUUGUGUAAAUAGUGUACAUCAUGUAUUAUGUGUAUAUUCUUGUUGAUACUUUGAGAGGUACAUUUUAGUUUUGUUAUGAAAGGAUGUAUUUUGCACUGCCUGAGUGGUAGAUGUCUUGUAUAUAUAUAUACACAACAUGGACAGUUUUACGUGUGUGCUUGACACAUGAAGACUUGACUUGAUUUGCACAAGGUAAAUGAAUAUUCUGAACGGAGAGUACAGCUUGCUGACGUUAAGGUUCCAGAUCAAAUGUGAAUGGUUUAUUCAUGCACUGCUGACAAUAGUUCUAUGUUCUGUGUCCCAAUCAAGUACAAACAUGGAAUUUUCUUACAAAUGUGAAUUUUCUGCUCUGGAAAAAAAAAGAAAAAACAGUAUCUGGAAUUCCUGUUUAUCUGUUUGUAACAAAAUUAACUGGAAUUUGAGUAGAAUUCCAAGCCAUCACGUUGAGCACUGCUGAUUUCUUUUAAGAGAACAAAAAAGAAAAGAGCAGAGCUUCCUGCCAUCAAUUUAAUUGGUCACUAAAAAAAUUAAAUAAAACAAUUUGGCCUCCCCUAA